GCCAAUGAUUUUCGUCGUUGUGGGAAUGAUUAUUUUGCUUCAAGUAAUUAUAUUGCAGCUAUUGAUAAAUAUUCAAAUGGCAUCAAAUUGGAGCCACAAAAUGUCACUUUACUUAAUAACCGAGCAGAAGCUUACCUUCGAUUGUAUCAAUUUCAUAAUGCUUUUAAGGAUACAGAAAUUGCUCUUAUGUAUGAUCCCAAUAAUUUAAAAGCAGCUUAUCGCAAGGGUAAAGCUCUUUGUGGUCUCAAACAUUAUAAGGAUGCCACUAAUACACUU